AUUCAAUGGACCUAAUGGAAUUUCAUCAUAUAUAUAAUAUUUAUUUAGUUCAGUAAUAUAUGUCAGAUAUAAUUCCACAUACAUAUGUAAAAGAGUAACACUGAAUGACAUCUUAGAACCUUUUUUUGAUUGGCUUCACAUUUAAAGAGGCAUGUAUGAACCCGUAGCUUUGUUGAAUAAGUAAAUACGCAGAACAUUAUUUUUUAUUGGACUAAUCUGCACUGACUGUUCCGUAAAGCUGCCCGAAGCAGUUUGGUAGAAUUAACUACCAUGAACGUGUUAAUUUCGGAUAUUAAUUGUUGAAAUAUAUUAAAAUGAAUCUUGUUUGCUCAGUCAAUUGAAUCAGGUGGUUCGUAAUUUAGGACAAACAUUUUUUACUUUAUUUGCAAGAUAUUCUCAUAAAUAUAUUUAAUAUAUUUACUAGAUAGCUUUAAUCAUAUUACUCGAAUGUAUACGUAGUUAUAGAAGAGAAAAAUGCUUAACCAACAACUUUAUGCCAAAAUUCGAAAAAUGAGCAUAACACAAUGAAAACAACUAUCUCUGGAUCGCACUAUGUUGAAAAUAGCAUUGAAGGUAAACAAUGAUUUUGUUUGUCCCUUCUGCUGUGUGAUUUGAAGAUAACAUAUACCAAUAAUUUUUGUCCGUUAUUGAAGUGGUGUAUUCUGUUUUAAAUAUUACCUCCCUGCAAUAUUUGUUUUUGAUGGCUGCGUCGUCUGCUGCGCAUGCUUUUGCUCACUGAGCGCAAGUUCUUUGUCAACACCUGGUGGUUAUUAGGGUUGAACAAUAAUUUGAAGUAUAAGAAUGGUGACAAUUCUACUAUUAUUUCUAGUGUAAAUGUCGAAAAAAAGCUACAAAAGCUGUUGGCAUGGAAAUGCAUACCCAGCAGACCUGGGUUAGAAGCGGGGUGGGACAUGGCCCCAAAGAGGAUAUCUUCACACAGAUUCGUAACGUCUACAGAGAGCAGGGAGCACACCCGGAGGGGAGACAAGAAAUGCUUCGAUUACUCGAAAGCACAAAUCUCUCGGUACGCAAGCAGAUUGUUCAAGAAGUUGUUCGUCUGGGCACAUUUGUUCUACACUGUUCGCGCCAAGAACUUGAGAGGCUGUGCGAUUUAUGUGAAGUGGAUGUGACUGCAAAUUCGUUCGAUUUACUGUUGGGGUGCGCAAUGCGAUUUCGCCACUCCUGGGAACGAUUAAAUCGAUCGACCCGUGAACUUGAACCAGAAAAGCUUACGACCGUAACUGAUAUUGUCGAUUUUUUGCUACAGCGGGGAGCCAACAUAAACGUCACGAAUUAUGAAGGUUUAACGGUGCUUCAGAAAGCAGCAGAGGAACGAUGUGGCCUGAGUGGACUUCAUGUACUCAUCUCGCGAGGGGCUACAGGACUAACGGAAAACGUGGCACUAGAUCCAAUAAAGAGUGCAGCUCUUCGACAGGAUAUAACGGAGUUUGAACGACUGAUAAGUCAACCAGACAUUGAACAUGAGCGGGUUGUCGAAGCGAUGGAAUUACUUUGGGCCAUCAAACCUGAGGCCCGAAAUCGUGUCCCGCAACCACAGCAAUGCAAUCAAUACCUAUUAAAGGGCCUUUUCCGGAGAGAAAAAAACAGCAUACCACAAAAGCAAUGGGUAACGUCAUGUCCAUUUCUGGCUGGCGCUCGCGUGCUUAACUCAUUUAACGAUCUCUAUCGGUACGGCAAGGCGGAGGAUACCGACGAACAUGUCCUCAGCGCAAUAUUGAUUAUUGAGAAGGCAUUUGGUAGUAUCGAUGCAAUUGAUAUUGAAGUCGGGUUAGCUAUCAUGCAGAUGGCGGCCAGCUUCUGUGGCUCGUCAGCAUUGUUGUCUCGCAUUCUUCGGGAACUUUGUGUUAAACCCAAUUUCCCGCUAAUGUUGUGUGUUCCUGUAAUGAAUCCUCGAGCUAAGGAUCUGACUUUUCGAAAUUUUGCAUUAACUUGCGUUGCGCUAUGUCGCGUGGAAGUGCCAAGAGCUUGGCGAUGGGAUCUUGUGAAUCACGUACGUUUUCUUCUCAAUGGCUUGUCAGGCAAGGAUAGCCCAGAGGCGCAAGUAGCAACUCUCCGUAGCAACGAGGAACGGACGGCAGCUUUAUAUGCAAUUGCGUUUACGAUGGACCAGGCCGGUAGGUGGGGUGUCGACGGUCUAGCAGAAGAACGUUGGCUACUCGAGCUUGUCAAGGACGGAGCCAAUGUUGGCGCUCGUGGAUGGUCAGGUCGAGGUGCUGACCGGAACUCACCAGCGGCAUUGGUACUUAGCUGUUCGGGCUAUUCAUACGCGGUGCAAAAGGCGUUUCAGGACGCAGUUGGUUGCUGCGGUCUAACUCGUCGGCCACAGCGGCUAGUCACAGCCGUUGAGCCCUUAAGGUGUCUUGCGGCGAGGCUGUUGCGCCAAUAUCCUGCCGAGCUGACGGAGGAGUUGAACCAUGUUGUUCUUCGAGGUGGCGUGAUUCUUAAAGAUUUCGUUGAUCUACAUCCAGUGCCUUUUAAUGUGAACGUUAGUAAACGACCGCGUCUUUCCGAUGCAAGUCACAGCAGGUAUUGGGACUGAUUGAUCAACGAGUAUGCGAAAACAAAAUGAGAUGAAUGCGUUAUAUGGAGAUUAUGCGAAUAGUUAAAUAGACAGUUAACGAUAUUGAAGAAAAUAUUUAUAGGAAAUGCCGCUGCUGGCCGAUGUAGACACUAAUACAAUGAUACCUACAAGCUAGUACAAGUUAGGCAGCAAACUGAUGCAAAUCGAUGCAGACGUUGCUAAACAUAAAUAGUACAACAUUAAAAAUAGACUUGUUCAUGCGACUUAAAUUAUGAAAUAUAGGGAAAGAAGUAUAAUAGGAAAUAUAUAUAUAUAUAUAUAUAUGAGUGUGAAAGAGAUGUACACUAAAUUAUCUAGGUAUUGAUAACCUCUAUUGUAAUGAUGUGUAAGCUACUGUGAAGUCACCGGUUUUGCGACUCUACACUAUCGAGCCAUGGCACAAUCGUGUCACUAGUAAGCAAGCAAGUUUCACGUAGCUUAUAUGAUAAAAACAAGAAAAAAGAACAUCUUUAGUGUGAUCUGUAGAAGGCGACAAUGAUUUUACCAACAGCAUAAUUAUUGAGUGAUUUCAAGGGGUAUAUCACUGCAUACCAAAUGCUUACGUCAAUAAACAAAUCCCUGUUUUUCUUUUAUAAACAACGCGAGGCCUUGGUCAUUUUGUGAUCAUGGUUGCGUAUUUAUAAUAUUUACUCUUGAUAAUUACUGAAUUUUGCCUUGGUUAAUAUACAAGGUAAAAUGGGUUAACCUGGGUAGUUUUUUAUUGUUCCAUUUUAUUAUGAAACACUGCCGCGUUUUACCACCAGCCAUUAUACAUUUCUGACCUGUGAUUUACCAUUAAUCAUAAAAAUAACAAUAGUAAUAACCAUAAGAAGACAAAGAGGAAGGAGAAGAAAAGAAAUGUGGCGAAUUAAUUUCUAGUUCAAGCCAAAAUAUAUCACAGUGUAUAUCGUAAUGCUGGUUUUGUUUGGCUCAUUACCGUUUCUACUUGGUUGGAAAAAAAAUAUGAUAAUACUGGCUGCAUAUACAUAACUGCACAUAUCCUGACGGACGAUUUCCUGUCAUAGGUAAAGACAAAUAAGACAGUAAUUUAUGCAUGUCAACCAUGUUAAGACACUACGGAACCGUUAUAUCGGUUUGUAGAAAUUACUAGCGCUUAGUAAGUUUAUAUUGGCGUAGGUGCUUAAUGCCUUUAUUCUUCAAACCAAGUACCACACAUCCACUCUAAUUUAGAAUCCUAAAGAAAAGCAUAAGGUAUAGUAAUGCAUUUAUCUAAUGUACCUGGGGUUAAACCACUCGAAUGAAUCUUAAUCAAUUUGGGAAAUUCUAGCAUGUUUUAUUCGGCCAAAGCAGCUCUUUACGUUAACCUAGAAAUACAUGUCUUACUCAUAGCAUUAAAGGUUAAUCCGGAAGAACAUCUCAGUGAAAAGUGAGAGAUACGUUAAAUGUUUGCUGAAGUUUUACUAUCAUUACAAAAUCAUUACUGAGAUUUCGUCAUGGUGGCCUAAUAGUUAUUGGUCGGUAGCAGCAUCAGGAUACGAUUUGUAGUCAAGGCAUUCACCAUUGAUGAAGGACCCCACACCACGUCUUCGCUGGGCCUGACAAAAUGUUGCAUUAGAGCACGCUGUACAUAAAACUGUUUUUAUAGAUAAAUAAAAAUCUACAAAUAUUAUGGUUUUACAUGUGACAAAAACGGUGCUUUUUGUUAGUAAUUCAUACGGAAACAUGUGUAGUUGUGCCUUAAUGUGAAUAUCCUAAUCUUAUUUUUCAGUCUCAUAUCUGUUUAUAAAAAAAUUUCCCUAUCUAGGAAAAAAAUUUCCGUAGAGAAAAAAUAAAAUGGCUUCUAUAAGUUUUUCAACCGAGGUUUUAACUGGCCGAAUCAUUUGUUGAACAUUGUUUGCGGAUGAUUACAACUGCUAACAGAACAAUACAUGAAUCACAAUUUUGAAUCAUUCUUAGAAUGACCAGACCACUUAUGACCCAGGUGUUUUGUAUUAGCUGAAUCCAAUCAUACUCUUAGAAUAACUAGAAGUUCGCAAAAUAUUUUAAUGUUUGUACGUAUAGCUAGCCUAAGAAAAAAUAGCAUUUUUUUUUCUGCUUAUUUUAUGAUUGAUGUACCGAUAUGAGUUAUCCAGCGUCUCUCGGUUUACCAGCCAAAAAUCAGCACAAAAUAUCUUAAACUUGCUCAGAGUCCGGCUGAGCAUCCUACGAAUCCACAAGAAUUGUUACUUGAAGCUAGGUUAAUUGUUUAUACAAUCAAGUAUAGAACAGUGGAAAAUACAAGUCAUGCGUGGAAAAGUAGGUUUAAAUAUAAGAUGGCUUAUAGGAAGUACGCUACCGAGAAUACCAUUGACUAACAAGAAAUGAAGUCUUUUUCCGCUAUAAAAUGAAUGUAAUUUGAAAUCGUUUUAUUGAUUUUUGAGGAAAAUGUUGCCUGUGUUUACAACUUUUUGCAAUAACGAAAACUUAUGCUUAAAAAACUUUACUUGAGCCACUAGCCUAAAAAGCUGUGAAUAUACGUUAUUAGGUUUAAUUAUUAUUAUGAUCUUUGCAGAAACACGAUGUAGAACCUCUUUUAUAAUAAAAAACUUUUAACAAUUUUGUGUGCAAUAGUUGCUCUUGAAUAUUCCUAGGUUUUUUUUUUUCAGGAGAAAGGUAUCUUUUUAAGUUCAUCUAAUCUAUUAAACAAAGAGGUGUCAAUUAAAUAGAAGUAAGAAUUACAUUUUCGAGCUUAUCUAGAAAACGUCAAACCUAUGUCAAUAUAGUGGGUAUAUCGUAGUUAACGGAUCUUAGUCAUGCAAUGGGAAAAAUUUGGUUUGCGAGCUAGGAAUACGUAAAGAGAAAUUCAAGUUUAAAUGUCUAGUUGUUUUUGAUUGCUUUCUCUUUAUUUUUUCCUUUUAUUAGAUUAAUUCACUUUUUGAACAACCCAUAGAAAUACACGUUGACUUCUUUCGCAAGGAACACAAGGUACACGUGCUCCAAAUUACUUCCACGGCUGAUAGCCUUAAGCUUAUGUUGGGGACAGUACACUGUAAUUUUUUUACGAGAAAUGAUGAUAGUAAUAUACUACAAAUACAGACACACCGUUUUUUCUUCUGUCAAUAGCACAAUAUCUACUUGAAAAGUAUUUUUGUCUGAGUUUAACUCUGUAUAGAACAGCAGUCCCAGUCUGUACAAUACUGAAUAUUUCAAAAGCUUUCAGCGAAUCUUAGCUUCAAGUUAAACUAUACGGCAGUGAGUUUGUCAACGGCACCAUAGCAGUUCGCCAGGCUUUAAGUGGGAUAAUACAUUCUACUGCUUUUAUUUUUGUGAAAAUCUCUGCAGCAAUAUUUGUGCGCAUUGUUGGCAUAGGAUAAAAAAAAGUACAUACGUUUUGAGGCCUUACAAGAAAGCUUUCUGGAUGAUUAUUGAAGACAAUUGAAGACAACAAUCUAAUAGAUGGUUUGGUGCAACUCUCUCAAACUAGAAAAAGCAAUUUGUAAUGCAAAUCACUUGGGUGUAAGAAUUUGUUAGAUAUAACAUUAUACUAUAAUUAUUGUCAUUGAUAAUACGCACGCAGUCACACCUGGGUGUACACAUGUUUUGUGCUUGCUAUAUGUGUGUGCCUAGAUACAUGCCUGACUGGAGUGAUGAAUGCACACACUUAAUCUGUGCAUUUGCGAAUACGCCGAAAUGGGCGCAGGUAGCAGCCAUUGGCGG